UUAAUUAAUAAUUGUGAUAAUUUUAAGUAAACUGACUUUAAUCAAGGAAAGAUAAUAAUAUGAUGAUUUAAUUUAUAAAAAGAAUAUGACGUGGAAUCCUUUAAAGAAAAAUCAUUUGACACAAAGACCUACACCAGCACCUCCUUUGUUAUCUCAUACAGAAGAUAGAGAGCUUGAUGUUGCCGUUCAAAAGCUCAUUUAUGUUGAAGACACAAUUAGAAAGCUAACAAAAGAAAUGAAAAGGUACAUAGAGUCUGUAGUAAACUUGGAUCGAGCAGAUCAGAGAUUAACACUAAAUUUGACAACUUGUGGCUUAGCGCAUCUUAGCGACGAAUUUAGAAAAGUAGUAGAAGAUUAUCAUUCAGUCACAACACAGGUUGGAAAAACUGUGCAAGAAAUGGCAGUACUUUGUCAGAAAACUUUUAUAGAACCUUUAAAAAAGUUACGAGACGAGUUUGUUUUAAUAGCUGUAGGAAUAGCCAAACGAGAGGAGUUGGUAACUGCUUGGAAAUACUCUUAUAAUCGCGUGAAAAAGUUGCAAGAGAAAAAAGAUAGAACCGCUAGUCAUAUUGCGAAAUUAGAAAGAGAACGUCGAGCUGAAGAAGCUGCUGCUAAGGAUUUAAAGACUGUACAUGCUCAAUUACUUGUAGAACUACCCUUAUUUUUAGAUAAGAGAUUAGAAUACAUUAAGCCUAGUGUACAUGCUUUAAUCAUGAUACAGUUAGAUUACUAUGGAAAUACAACACAAUUAUUUACACAUUUAAUGCCAGUUCCAAAUGCUUCAGGAUCCCCGUCUAGCGCUAUGAUGCCUGAACACGAAUAUCAACAAGCAGUGUCUAAUCAAAUGAAUAGAAUAAGAGCUCUUACCAUUGUUAAAGAUCACUGAAGAUCGUAAGGAUCGUUACAGCAAUAAUACAGUAUGACGUGUAGGGGUUCAGGUACUAUGGAGGUAUGGGUACGAAUGUAUUUAUCACAUGGCAGUAUUUACACUGUUA